GUUUAGUCCGCGUGGCCUCUAAAGCAGCUGGAGGAAAUACGAACCUUUAAACAGAAGCGAACAGUUCAGAGAAACAGUGAAGCGGAGCGAUUUCUGGUGUUAGUCUCCCUUUUCCGGAGACUUGAAGGAGCUGUAUCCCAAGAUGCCUUUAAAUGAUGAGCAACCCACCUCCACAUCCAGUGGUGAGGACCAAGGCAGCUAUGCAGAGUCGUCGUCGUCAGAGCGCUGUGACAGCAUGACGUCGACCAGUGACCUGGACUGCUCUCGUGAAAGCUUCACUAGUGACUGCUCCAGCAAGCAUUGCACACCUUCCUCAAGCCCACCCAAAACCUUAACCCUGGAUGAAGUCAUGGAGUCUGCCAGAGACCUGUCCAAUCUCAGCUUUGCUCAUGAGAUCAUCAUGAACCACAGCUUCCAUCUAGAGCCAGAGAGCCUACCUGAGGACAGUUUAUGGAAGGUAAUUAGGGAUAAUGUCCACAAGGCCUUUUGGGACAUCCUGGAGUCAGAGCUGAGCGACGACCCACCUGAGUAUGGGCAAGCCAUCAGACUAUUGGAAGAGAUCAGAGAGAUCUUGCUGUCAUGUCUCAAUCCUGGUGCCAAUCGAAUGAGGACCCAGAUCAUGGAGGUGCUUGACAUGGACCUGAUUCGUCAGCAGGCUGAUAAUGACGCUGUAGACAUCCAGGGGAUUGCCUCAUAUAUUAUCACCACCAUGGGCAAGAUGUGCGCACCAGUGAGAGAUGAAGAGAUCAAGAAGCUGCGGGAAACCCAAGAUAACACUGUAACACUGUUCAGGGAGAUCUUCCGUGUGCUGGACUUCAUGAAGGCAGAUAUGGUCAACUUUACAAUUGAUAAUCUGAGGCCUGUGCUGCAGAAACAGAGUGUUGAAUAUGAAAGGGCAAAGUUCCAGAGCAUCCUUGAAAAAACACCCAGUGCUUUGGACCACACCACUUCCUGGAUCAAGUCAGUACUGGAGGAGCAGCUGUCAUCCACCAUCCCCACACAACAGACUAACAGUCAGGGAAAAGGACAACUAGUUGUGCCUGGACCCUUUCAGGUCCUCAACACUGCCUUCCUUCGCAUCCUCACAUGGGACUACAAUAGGAGCCCACUGCCUGAGACCUGGAUGACAGAUGAGCUACGUCUGCGGGAGAUUCAGUGGAAGCUCCAGCAGGUUCAGGUGGUGAACGAGGUGCUGCUCAUUGUCUACAGCACCAUCGGAGGGCCUAUCCAGGGUCUGCCAACCCUAUCUGACUGCUUGAAGCAAAUGACCAGCGUGCUGCUGGAUGGAAUACACAGCCCUGACUUUAAGCUAGAAGAGGCACUAGAGGAUGUCAGUGCUCAGAUCUGCUGUGAACUCAACAAGUCUUUAACAGAGAGGAACUACCUUGCACUGACCCCGGAGCUGCAGGCCACCCUCACAGGCCAGAUCUGCAGCAUCACCCACAAGGAUAAUCCCAUCCGCACUCUAGUUGAGGACCGUGUGCAGCAGUACUUCAUGGCACUCAUCUGUGAUCCUAAACCCCAGGCCAAACUUGAACAGAUACCAGCUGGCUUGACUAUUAUCAAGCCUGAACUGGUAUCAAUGGGAGCAAAGUUUAUCUCUCUGGUCAACCACAACAAGACUGUCUAUGGACCUUUUUAUGCAGAUAUCAUAAGGAAGCUGAUAUUUAGUACCAGCCCACCAGCAGCAAACCCUUCUCAGGACACAGCUCAGGACUCUGUUUCCAAUUAAAAUUUACCGAAGUGUAUUGCUGCUGCCACCAUGAGAAAAAAUAUUUACUUAAUAUCAGUAGGUACUUUUCACAUUUUUAUGAGAUACUUUGACAAUUAAACCUGAUAUUUUUCAUGUAUUUAGGACAGAGUACAUUUUCUGGUUAUAACAAGACACUGCAUUUUCUCAUAAUAACAAUAUACUGUUAUAACGUCAUUGAAAUGUAGUUCCAGCUUUAUGGCCCGAAGAACCAUCUAAUAUGAUAACACACACUCUACACUGGAUCAGGUCAUUUCUGCUCCCUAAUGUAGGGCCCUCCCCAGCUUCUAGUGACUGACAAUAGUGCACAGACUGACUUUACUUGCUGUCAGUAAUGCUUGUAACAUGAUCAGGACAUGCAAUGCAUUGUGGCUUAUGAGCCGCAUUCAUGUGCUGUUUUGUUCACCCCUAUGUAAAUAUUGGGGGUGGGUUUGUGUCGGAUCAGUAAUUCUAAAGGACUGACUGGAGCACACCACCUAAGCGCAAUGCUGGUCACUGUAUGGAAAGUUGGUAUGUGUGUUGAGAGAGAGGCUGCUGGAGGGGUGCUCCAGCCAGUGCUGUGCACGAUGCUCCGGCAAGGAGCACACAGGGCUCCA